CGCGCCUCCGCCGAGCGAGUGACGCAACGCAGUCUUAGGAUGGAGAUUUCUUCCCACCAGUUCCAUCUUCUGCAACAGUUAAAUGAGCAGCGCAGGCAAGACUUGUUCUGUGACUGCAGCAUUUUGGUAGAGGGGAAGGUCUUCAAAGCCCAUCGCAAUGUGCUCUUUGCCAGUAGCGGCUACUUCAAAAUGCUUCUUUCCCAGUGCUCGAAGGAACCCAGCCAGCCCACGACCGCCACCUUCCAGGCCUUUUCUCCGGAAACAUUUUCCGUGAUUCUGGAUUUUGUGUAUUCAGGCAAACUUUCUCUCACUGGCCAGAAUGUGAUUGAGGUCAUGUCAGCCGCCAGCUAUCUACAGAUGACGGACGUGAUUAGCGUUUGCAAGACCUUCAUUAAAUCUUCCCUGGACAUCAGUGAGAAGGAGAAAGAUCGCUAUUUUAGUCUCUCGGACAAGGAAGUCAACUCGAACGGGGUGGAGCAUUUGUGUCUGUAUGGCGCCGGAUGGAGGGCGGAAUGCAGCCCGCCCCACUCGCACUUAAGCCCAGACCAAGGGACAUGUAUAGUGAGUGGAAACUCCUGGGCCAAUUUCAAUUAUUACCCAGCCACGCAAAGAAAUGCCCAGCCGCUGUCCAAGCACGACCAAAGGCCAGAGUCCAUGAAGAAGACCAGCAGGCACAUAGGGCUGCCGCAGCCCCCCGACAUCCCACACUAUAAAUCAAGCAAACUGGAAGACCGAGCUUCUGAGCCUGCCAGCCACGCUCCUCCGUCGGAAGAGGAGGUCCAGAUUGACUCUGAAGGGGAUUCUGGCCAUGCUGGUUACCAGUACGGCCAGGGACCCGACACGAUCCCCAGAGGCUUGGCUGUGUCGCAGCAAGAGCACGACUCCCCACAUUCUGCUGGCAAGUCAAAAUCUUCCAAAGCGGACGAGCCGUACACUAGCAUGCCCUCAGUCUUGGGCAUCAUGGGGAGCUGGGCUGAUGAUGAUCUGCCGAGAAUGAGAUUCAAGUGCCCGUUUUGUACCCACGUGGUGAAACGGAAAGCAGACCUGAAGCGCCACCUCCGCUGCCAUACGGGAGAACGGCCGUAUCCGUGUGAAGCUUGUGGGAAGAGGUUCAGCAGGCUUGAUCACUUGAGCAGCCAUUUCCGCACGAUUCACCAAGCUUGCAAGCCCAUCUGCAGGAAAUGCAAGCGUCACGUGACUGAAAUGACAGGGCAGGUGGUCCAAGAAGGGACACGGCGUUACAGACUUUGCAACGAAUGUCUCUCCGAAGCUGGCAUAGACAGCAUCCGCAUCGAUUUGGACACUGAGCCACCGCCUGAAUUCCCGCUUGAAGAGGACAAGGAUUCCAGUUGGAAUUAUGGUGAGGACAACAGAUCCGAUGUGGAAAUCGUGGAGGACGGUUCUACUGAUUUGGUAAUCCAGCAAGUGGAUGACAGUGAUGAUGAAGCAGAGGACAAAGAUAUCAAACCGAGCAUUAGGUAGUUACGAAUGGACGGAGGUUAAUAAAGUCCCCCCUUUCUGUUGUCAUUCCUUUCUCUUAACCAUAGACUUCCAACCACUGACAUCACCAGGUAGGGCUGGAAAAACUCCCGCCUGCAACCCUGGAGCCACACUGCCAGUCCGUGCUGAUAAUCCUGGCCAGGUGGAUGGCAAUGGAUGGUAGCUUCUUCUGUUCCUAUGCAGUAGCGCAGUGGAGGCAGGGCUCAUGGAGACACAGUGCUGGCACUUCUGUAUGAGCAGGGACCCUGAUGAGAUCAGCCACCUUCACCCCUAGACUCUCCUGUUCCCUCUGAGCUUAGCUUCAUCCCUCACCGUAGCUGGAGAGAAAUGAAUUUCCCCAGCAACAUGCAAAGUAUUCUAGGAGGAUCCCUGUAUAAAAGAUGUGCUGCUGGUAGGAUGAAAACUGCUAGACUGGGUUGGUUGACAUGGAUCAAUGCAGCAGCCUGAAUGUUUGGACUCUCUUUGGGGGUGGGGCUACAGGGAGUGUCACAAGGAGCACCUGCACUUCCACACAUCCCACCGCACCACUGUGUUUGUGUCCCUAACCAGCCUGUGGUUCACAUACAAUCUAUUAUAUUGGAUUUUUUAGGACCUGGGCUAAUCUUGCAUGCAUUGAUGGACAUGCCAUUGUGUCUAUUUUGAAUUUAGUUACUCAAAAAUAUCAAUAUUUUGUUGCAUAAGGAGGUAUCCAGCCUGAGAUGGGAUCAUGUAUGAACCAUUAUUUGCUGAACUGCGCCAGUUAUAACUUUUGAUAGUAUGAAAUGGAUCUCUUCUCAAAAAAUAUUUCAAUGUUGGGGAGCACUUCAAAUAAAGAUAACAACUUCAUUGUAAGUUACUCUAUUAAAGCACUGGCAAA